AAUUGAGUGCAUCAGGGGGAAGUGGAAAGCCACAUAUGCAGACUAAGGAUCGAGUGCAGUCUGUUUGAUUUAGUAAAACAUCGUUGUGUCCGCUUUUGCAGGUAGGCAAACCCAGACCUCGAAGGCUUCAGCUUUACGAUGCGACGCCGCUCACAGAGGAAGCAGCAGAAGCGUCACGGCGAAGCCUCUGAAAUGUGCAGCAGCUCCACGAAGUCCUCGUCACAGUAACGAGAGCCGGUCGACACGUUCGAGCAGGAAAAAAAAGAAGAAGAAGAAAGAAAGCCUGCUGGCCACAAACUGAAUGUGAAGUGGAAACUGCAGGCAGGAAGAGAUGAGGAGGGUGCGAAGAAAAGGGGCCAACAAGGAGAAGGUGUUUGGAUGUGAUCUGCUGGAGCACCUGACCACCUCCUCUCAGGAGAUUCCGCUGGUGCUGCGGUGCUGCAGCGAGUUCGUUGAACAUCACGGGAUCGUGGACGGGAUCUACAGGCUGUCCGGAGUCUCGUCCAACAUCCAGAAACUGAGGAGUGAGUUUGAGAGCGAGGGGAGCCCGGAUCUGAACAAAGAUGUGUACCUGCAGGACAUCCACUGCGUCAGCUCCUUGUGUAAAGCUUACUUCAGAGAGCUGCCCAACCCRCUGCUCACGUACCAGCUGUACGACAAGUUCGCUGAGGCGGUUGCCAUCCAGCUGGAGGAGGAGAGGCUGGUAAAGAUCAGAGAUGUUCUUAAAGAGCUUCCUGCUCCACAUUACAGUCUGAGAGGAGGAAGUCCCUCCCCUCCCCGUCAGCAAUGUCCAAUCAGGAGUUAGUGUUUUUCAAGUCCUCCCAGCCCAACUUCGGGAACAUCAGCCCAGGGGACGGCCCCCUCCCCAUAAGACCCUACCACGCUAUCAUCGAAGGCACAGACAAGAGGAAAGGAUCCCUCAAAGGCAGGAAGUGGAUGUCCAUUUUCAACAUCAAAGAACGUUUCCCCGACAAACGAUGGAAGCAGAAACAGACAACCAAAGAAAAGGACAAGAACUCUUUGAGACCUGCAAGAAGCAUGGACUCCCUCAGCACUCCGUCCUAUCCAAACGAAGGUCCCAGACGUUCCGGCCAGCGUCCCCCGUCCACGACCACGUCUCCCCUCGUCACCGCCUCYGCCCAGUCUGGCUCCGAAGCUGCAGUGUCGUCCGGUGGGGUGGGCGGCAGCGAGUACGCCGUCACCUACCGCAGAGGAACGGGUUUGGUGAGCGGCGGCGCGGGGACCCAGGGGACCUACACGGCGCUCGACCCCGAAGGUUUAGGGAUACCAGGAAGUGACGGCGUUCAGUCYAGAUCCCCGGGACUGUCCAGCAAAGCCGGUCGGAGAGCGGCCAUGCACAUCACGGGCCCCACGCUAGUCACCGUGCCGCUGCACAUCACCUCUAACCUGGCGCUGGGGGUGCUGCAGGGCGGGGGCAGCGACAGGAUUGUCCACCGGGGAAGAGACAAGGACGGAGGGGACAAGGUGGAAAGGAAGGAGCGGGUGGAGAAGAGGGAGAGGAAGGAGCGCAGAGCGAUGGAGUGGAACGUCGAAGAGCCCAAAAAGACGGAGGAAAAGGAGAAAAGUCCGAAAGAAAAAGAGGAAGAAGAGACUAAAGAGGGAGUCGAUGAGAAAAAAGUUGAAGCAGGAGAAGAGGAGGAAAACAAAGAGCAGGCGAUGGUGCUGGGAGACCAAGAUGUGCCUCAGCAGCAAGAACCUGACAGCUUCAGCUCCAACAGGGAGGAAGAUGAUGCUGAAGAUGCUGCUGAUGAUGACCAAAAUGCAGAUAAUGACAGUGAAUACAUGGAAAUGUUCAGCAAUAAUUCUGAUCCGGCCUGUGAACGUUUCACAGUGAUGGCGGGAACAGAGUCGACAGAUCAGCAGCCAACAGAAGGGUCACAUCCUGGAGCCGACAUCGCGGUCCGUCCCGCCGACUUACUGAACUCGACUGAGGUGGAGGACGACCACAAGCUGUCCGGCUACAUCGAGGACAACUUUGACUUCCUGGACCGGAUGGACUGCAGCGUUAUGGACCACAUGGACUGCAGCGUGUCCUAUCAGGUGAACGAGUUCUCCGUCGAGCCUCCCGGUCACUCGGACGACGAGUACGAAAUCAUGAAUCAGUCGCACUCGCCCCAAAYGCUCGCUUUGCUGAGUCCGCACGAGCCCACCCUGAGUCCCACGGAGUCCAGUCCACGCAGACCCCUCAGCCUCGACCUGAACAGUCGACACACUAAAUCCCUCAGCUUGCCCUACAUGACCUCCCCCAUAGAGGGUCCGGACCAGUCCAGCUCCGAGGAGGAACCCUCGGAGGUGGGGAGCGAUGAAAACGGUUACAGCAGCAGUGACGAUGAGACCAUGUUCUUUAGGAGCCUCCCGACAGAUUUCUUCUUGAGCACUUUGUCCGGCUGUAAGGAGGACGAGGGAAACCUCGGUCUCUGUUCCAGUCCUGGCCCAGAGCCUGGGCAGGACUUACCGAGUCCUGAAAUAAAGCCCUCCAAGUCGCCGGACCUCGAAGCUUCUGAUUGUGAAGAAACAGAAGCUGCAGAUGUGGAAGGAGGAGGAGGAGGAUGUGAUGAAGAUGGACUGGAAGAAGAGCAGAUGGCAAAGAAAGACGACGACGAGGUUCAUCCUGAAGGAGAUCAAAUGGAAAACAACACACAAAGUUGUGCAACGACCACUGAUGCACAAAGUGACGAACCUCCGACCUCAGAGGCGUCGCCAAGCUGCUGUGUGGCGGUCCUGCAGCGGAGCGACGAGGACAUCGACCGCUCAAACACUGAAACUGAGGCCGAGGACGUGGAGGAAUCUGCUGAAUCUGCUUCCAGCGGUUCUCCUUAUUCUCCACGUGCCUCGCGGAAAGAAACUGAGCUAAUAGACACUUUAUCACCAGCCCAACAUCCAGGAGGCUGUUUCAGCGAAGAYGAAACAGAAAUUGGUGAUGUCGGUGAGCCGCCURCUUUAGAGGAACCCCGACAGGGAAGCGAAGAAGAAGCAGCUGACCAAAACCACCACCAGGACGUCRGGACCUCCGGGACAAACGGUGACAUUUGGAGUGAGCUUGAGGAUGUUGUUUGUGAAGUGAUAGAGGAUGAGGAACAGAGGGAUGAUGAUGAUGAUGAUAAUGACGAUGAUGAUGAUGCAGAGGCAGGUGUAACUCAAGAUGGAGAAGAGAAAACAGCAGAUGCUACAGGAGAGCAAACAGAGUUGGAUAAAGCAGUGACAAACGAGACAGAAUUUAGAGAAGAAAGGGAGGAAUCAGAAGAAAAACCAAACCAGGAGAAAGAAUCUGAGCAUAAAAACGAAGAAGAGGAGGAUGACACACAGAGAGAUGAAAGCAGAACACAACCGCAGGUGAAUAAACAGCCACCGGUGAUCACAGCUGAUGGACAGGAAGCAAAGGAGAACGAUGAUAAGUGUGAAAAYAACAGCUCAGGAGGCGUCGGCAGGAAGCUGGUCGUGUCCAAACAACCCAAGAUUUACCAAGUCAAAGCCGUGCCCAUCGUGCCUCCGAAGCCCCAGCACUGCAGAAUCACCGCCCUGAACCUCCGCCAGCAGCAGCAGCAAAGAGAGAGGAGGGACAACUCUCUGAGGGUCCCCGCGGAGCAGGACCAGCGACACGGGGAACCGGCCCAGGACGGGGACGGCGAGGGCGCGGAGAGGAAGGAGAGGCCGGCCCUCCUCAGGGAGAGGAGGAGAGACGGAGCCGACGGCGCCACGAGGGACGCCAACAGGAACAGCCCCCUCAGCAUGUGCUUCGACGAGGCGGUCGCAAUAGCAACUUUGAGGAGAGAGAAAGAGCGAGGGCGAGAGGGCGAGGCGGAGGGAGACGGGUCAGGAAAGUAAAGUUCGGAGUUAAAGACUCCGUCCAGGUGAUCCGCGUUUUAGAAUUAUAACGCAUUAUGUUGUUACAGUCAAACUGUUUCACCAAGACCUUUCCUGCUGUUUUAUCUACGGCAGAAUAAAUAGUUUUACAUUUUAUGGCCUUUCCACAUUGCUCCAUGUUUUGAUAUUAAAGUUUAAAAAAUUUAAAAAAAAAAUCACAAAGCUGAGUUUAUUCUCUCUCAUCRAUGGUUUUGACUCAACGCAGUAUGGUGAAAAGAUUUUUUUAAAAGUCUGUAAAAAGUGAUGAUUUAAACAAAUUCUGCUGUUCAAGAUUUCACCAUGUUUCACAAAAGGCUGCAUUUUCAUAAUAAAAUUGAGGAUUUUUAUUUUAGUAUAAAUUAGUUCAGUUGCAUGGUGUUGAGUUUGCUGAACUGAACCGCUUCAAUUAUUGUUCCUGCGAAAGCAUGAAGCAAAGAAAAAUGUAAAACUCGAAUGUUUCAUGAAAUGAGGAUUUUUUUUUUUACAGCUUUUUAUUAAAAGAACAACUCACUUGAAUAAUUUCUCAUUCCUUCCGUAUUUGUUGUGUGUUGUUCCCACUUUUUGGAUCAGAAAAUCUAAAGUUUAUUCUCAAAUCUGGAUCCUGACAUUAAAUGUUUGCACUUGUCUAAUGACAGAAUUUUAUUAUUAUUUUUUGUAUACAGAGUAUGUGUACAUAAACAAUAGGAAUGAUAAGAAUGUGGUUCGUGAAUAAAUUGAAUUUUGGAUGAAAAAUAA